CCGAACUGAAGUAAGAGACAAUUAUAAAUCACCCAUCGACCAACCAGAUUCAAGGAUUCACAACUAUGAAGAAGACGCUCAAGCAUAUUAUAAAAAGUCUACAGCCAACUUACAAACAAACACAAAAUUUGAGGAAUCGUCCAUCCGACAUUUAUAUUAUAAAACAGAAAACUCACACGUAGGAUCAGGAAAGGCUGUGUGUUCUGUUAUUGAUCAGUAUAUUGCAAAGAAUAAGAGACUUGAAUGCAGGUCUAAAAAGAGAUCUGAAUAAUAUAAUUAUGUAAUUAUCAGAUAUGGGAGCAGGCAGACUGUAUUCACUAAGCUUCGGGUAAUACAUAUAAAGUGUGUAAUACUUCUCUCUGAAAUUCCGGUAUGAUUAAAAUAAAAAGAAAAAUCCAAAACAAAAUAAUUUUAUACUUUCCUUAUAAAUACAUUACGGCAGUAAAGCAAUGAAUAGUUACACUUUAAAAAUAUAGAACGAUCUACAAUACAAUAAUUGAAGCUUAUGUAUAUUUUCUGUGAGACCGUCCAUCUGAUGAAAAGCUAAAGCCACCUAUAGACAUUUGCGGUACUCAGGAAUUAACCCAAAUGUCUAGUGUUUGUGAUUACGCUGUUUCUCCCUGCCCUUUAAUCCGGAAUCACACAGUGUUGCUUUAAAAUAAAGUGGUGGCACCAUUGUCAUGACAGAAACUAACUGACCUGGUUGUAGUUUCAAUAAUUGAAUAGAAAAAGAUGAACAUCUAUUAAAUGAUAAGCACGCGGAAGAAACUUAUGAAAGCCACAAUGCCGCCAUAGCGAUGAAGCAGUGGUCUGAUACCCGAGUCAAGACGAAAUAACAAACCGCCCGUAAAUGACGCAGCUGUCUUGGCUGUAACAAAAUAUGAUUAAUUCUUAAGAAACAUUAUCCUGUUAAUGAUAUAUCAUUAUUAAGAUAAUACUUGUUAUAAUAGUAGAACACUAUGUGUAUGUAUUGUAAAUAGAUUAGUAGGAAGUCUUUUGCACGUAUCUUUAUGAUGUAUUUUCUAUGCCAAUUGUAUUUCGAUGCCAACUAGAUAUUCAUUACGACUAAUACCCACCGCUGACAUUAAACAACUGAGACCAAAUAAAGUGACUUUCAUAAAACGCUUUUGUUCACAUCUUCAUAUAUUAUUAAGGCUAUUCACGAUGUUCAUGGUCCCAAAGAAACACGAUGUUGAUCCUGAACUAUUGCAAAGGCAAAAAAACAAAGCGAAGUUUCGGUUUAGAGCUUUGAUACGAGCUGUGAUGGCCAACAUUUACUGGCUGGAGGAGAGUGCUGAAGUAUAUGAAGGUGAUAAUGUACAGAGACGAGUAGAGCAGGUGAUGAAGGGCAAGCACAAGAAGAAACAACUUCUCUCUGUUGCCGACAAAGCUCUUUUGAACAAACCAGCGAAAGACCGCACAGAGCAAGAACAAAGAUACAUUUAUCGUGUGAUCGGUGGUUUAAAAUGUUUCAAACGCUACCCUAAUCAUGUGAAGAGAAAGUUAGCAGCAGUAACAUACUUCAAAUAUUACGGUCCGAAACGAGUCGUGGUCCGCGAACAACAAGAAGCUGAAGCUUUAUACUUCGUUGUGACCGGCGAAGUUACCGUGAGCAAAUUGAUAUACGAUCCGUUGCUGCAGCAGAACAUGUCUGUUGACGUCUUUGUAUUUCGUCCUGGCGACAUGUUUGGAGAAGUUUCUCUUUUGCAUAACAUUCCAAGAACUGCCACUUGCACUACUACUAGUCAUUGUGAGUUCCUUGCCUUAAUGAAAGAAGACUUCAAGAAUAUACUCCAAGGUUCGCUGCAGAAGCAAUGGGAUAAAGUGCGGAAAGCAAUGGAUUCGUUCUCUUACUUUGACGGUCUUGAUUCGGUUGCACGGCGAGACGGUUGUAUUAUAGCAAAGUUGAAAUCAUACGAGCCAAACGAAACAAUCCUGGGAGACGGCGUCGAAGUACCUAACUUCGUCUACUUUGUACUAUCCGGCCGCUGCCAGAUGAUAGAAUCCCUUAAUGUUCAAAUUAUUAAUGACGUUAAAAAGAAGCGUUAUAAACUAUACGAUGAUUAUGUAUCUCCACAGGAAUCUGAACAAAACCUUAAUGAAAAAUAUUUUCAGCACUUAUCAAAACCUAAACAAGAAAAAUUAGACUCAUUUGAUGAGCAAUCCACACACGCAGAAUCCGUAGAACCCGAAGAACAAAUAAACACUGAGAAAACCACUCAGUCAGAAACACAAAUAGAUGCCAAAUCUAUUGAACCUCAUAAAACUGAACACAAAUUGGUAAGGCUAGAAUCACAACCGUCUGACAGUGGUAACGUAAAACUUUUAACGUCUGCAUCCAAAAAAGUCUUUGAUAUAGAAGAAGUUAACCCGGAGUCCAGUGAUAUAAAGAGCCGUAUAACCACAUCAACCAACUCCAAAUGUACGCUUAAUUUUGUUAAUGCUGCUUCUAAAGCUAAAAUCCAUGAAGAAUCAGAGGCAAAAAGAUCUAUUAAUCCAAUAAAGGAGCCUUCUGUUUUGUUUGCACUGGGUCCACCACCUUAUAAAACAUAUUUCAUGCAGGUUUGCUUAAUGACUUGGGGAUCAACGUUCAAUUUGGGAGAAAACAUGCGAGAUCGACGUAUCAUCGCACAGACUCAAGUGGACUGUAUGCUGCUGCCCAAAAUGUGGUUGAUGCAACAAAAUACUGCUAACGUUUGGUCUAGGAUUUUACACUAUCUUGAGAAGAAGAUACCAUCGAAACAAGAUUUAUUUAAAGAGUUUGUGAAGCAGCGACGAUGGCAAGAAUACCGUAACAGUGUAGUCGAAGAUGUGGUGUACCGCUCUAAUGUCGUGAAUUACACUACUGUGCACGACGUGCCUUAUUCCAUCCGAAUGGACGAGAUGCUUGAUAUUUAAUAGCUUCCUGUAUUCGACAUAGUUCUUUUCAAUGUGAUUAAGCACUUUAUUGCUCAUAUAAUAGGUAUCCUUAUUGGAAAAUGUAAAUUUAGAAAAGUACUUUGAACAAUAUACGUAUGCACUUAUGAUCAGGGAUCGGAAUAGGUGGAAUAUUUUUACCUAAAC